GAUAAACUUUUCCGUUAAAAUCGCAUUUUAGGCGUACAUCAUACUGAUCCAUCUGCUUCUCCAGAGCAAAAACCAAGGAAAAAAGAGAAGGAAAAAAAAAUUUCAAGGAUUUUGUGCUGAGACAGCGGGAGAGGCGACGAAAUCCAUACACAGAGAGAGAGAGAGAGAGAGAGAGAGAGUUUGGAAGUCAAAAUUUCUCUUCCGAAUUGGACUUUAUGGGCUUAAGAUUUAUAUUUUUACUAUCAGUAAUGGCGUCCGUGUCUCUGAGUCGUUCAUUUGGAGCUCCUCUUCGAUUAAUCUCACCACCUUUUGAACCCCUAUUCAUUGACGGUUGGCAAUGACAGUAGCAGCUACUCUUAGUGGUUUCUUUUCAGCUUGGAGUUUUUAUUUCUUCUGGAGAGUGUUUUCGUCGAUGUUUUAUUAAGAUUAGAUAGAUCUGAAGUGUUCGUUUUCUGUGGCAUCGGUGAUGUCGGGGUUUACGGGUUCAUUCUCACUUUCCUACUGUACUGGAGUUGUGAAAAAGGUUCGAUGGUUAUUGCUGGAAUAUUUGCUCAUUCUGUCUUACAGAUCAUUCGUCACUGGUGCUGAAUCUCCCAACCAUUUUUCGGAAACACCUCAAGUGUAUCCCCUUGGAACUCCAUUCAGCAGGCCUACUGUUCCUGAAUUUCCCCUGCCAGCUAAUCUUCCACUAUUUCAUCAUUCAUAUAGGAAACAUCUUUCUCCACAUGCUGCUCCUGCAGUGCUAAUGCCAGCCGCACCUCCAAAUUAUGGUUCACUAACAACUUCUAGUCAUCCCCCUUCAAGCUCACAGUUGUCAAAACCAUCGAUGAAAAGAAAUCAAUUACCACCACCCAGUACUGGCCUUCUACCCCCUCGCUUGACAGGUGUUGCUCCAACACAUUCAAAUGCUGGUACGCUUCCUUCUGGUUUAGCUCAGCCACCGUUGUCUCCUCACAUCUCUGACUGUUGUGAACCGGGCAUGGUACUUAAACGAGGGAGUCGGGCUUGCCAUUGUGUAUAUCCAAUUAAGCUUGACCUUCUCCUUAUGAAUGUUUCUCUGAAUUCUAAUUUGAGUCCAUUUCUGGAAGAAUUGGCUUCUCAGCUUGGUCUACGAGUUUCUCAGUUUGAAAUUAUCAACUUCUAUGUACUUGGCUUAUCAAAGCUGAAUAUUUCGAUGGAUAUUACUCCACAUACAGGGAUAAGUUUCUCUGCCAGUGAUGCACAUGUUAUAAACACAUCCCUUGCUGAACAUAGGAUUCAUCUUGACCCAGCGUUAGUGGGUGACUACAAACUUCUUAAUUUUACCUGGUUUAAGCCACCUGCUCCUACUCAAGCCCCAGUUUCAGCUAUGUCACCUGUUGUUGCUCCAACUCAUUUGCCCUUCCCUUCUACUUCAUCUGUUGCUAACAGUGGGAAACAUACAAACUUGGCUCUCAUUCUUGGUAUUGGUGUUGGUGUCCUGAUAAUUAUAAUUAUAUCUGUGCUAAUUAUUUAUACAUGCACAUUGGGUCAAGCAAAGGAGUCACCUUCCAAAGAAAUCGCAAAGACAAGGACUACAACUACAGUUCCAACAGGAGGAUCUCUUCCCCACCCCACUAGUACACGAUUUCUGCAAUAUGAAGAGCUUAAAGAAGCAACAAAUAACUUUGAACCUGCAAGUGUGCUAGGAGAAGGUGGAUUUGGCAGGGUUUUCAAAGGUGUAUUAAGUGAUGGAACAGCAGUUGCAAUAAAAAAACUUACUAGUGGAGGACAACAAGGUGAUAAAGAGUUCUUGGUUGAGGUUGAGAUGCUUAGCAGGCUGCAUCACCGUAAUUUAGUAAAACUCAUAGGCUAUUAUAGCAGUCGCGACUCUUCACAAAAUCUCCUCUGCUAUGAACUUGUCCCCAAUGGAAGCUUAGAGUCCUGGCUCCAUGGUCCCUUAGGUGUAAAUUGUCCCCUGGACUGGGAUACCAGAAUGAAGAUUGCCCUAGAUGCUGCUAGGGGGCUUGCAUAUCUACAUGAGGAUUCACAACCUUGUGUCAUCCACAGAGAUUUUAAGGCAUCAAACAUAUUACUGGAGAACAACUUUCAUGCUAAAGUUGCUGACUUUGGCCUAGCCAAGCAGGCACCUGAAGGCCAGGCAAAUUAUCUGUCCACUCGUGUGAUGGGCACAUUUGGGUAUGUAGCCCCUGAGUAUGCCAUGACUGGGCAUCUACUAGUAAAGAGUGAUGUAUACAGCUAUGGGGUUGUCCUCCUGGAGUUGCUAAUUGGAAGAAAACCUGUUGAUAUGUCACAACCUUCUGGGCAGGAGAAUCUUGUGACCUGGGCCAGGCCAAUUCUUAGAGAUAAAGAUCGAUUAGAAGAGCUGGCUGAUCCAAGGCUGGGGGACAAGUAUCCUAAGGAUGACUUUGUACGUGUUUGCACAAUUGCUGCAGCCUGUGUUGCUCCUGAGGCAAACCAGCGUCCCACAAUGGGAGAAGUAGUGCAAUCCCUUAAAAUGGUGCAGCGCAUCACUGAGUAUCAGGAUUCCAUGUUAACCACUGCCAACACACGUACCAACCUCAGGCAGUCAUCAACUACCUAUGAAUCAGAUGGAACUUCAUCAAUGUUCUCAUCUGGUCCUUUUUCUGGUUUAAGUGCAUUUGACAAUGACAACAUCUCUCGAACAGCAGUGUUCUCAGAAGACCUGCAUGAAGGACGAUGAUAAUUCUUUUGUGAAGUAUUCUAGCAGCCAUCAUUUGAUUCAAAGCAACCCAAAGUUGAGCAAUGUAGUUGAUGAUGAAGGCAAGGAUGGAGUGGGUUUGGAAAAUGGCAGAGGCUUUGAAAUGAUGGAUGCUGUUUUUCCUUUUUUUUUUUUUUCCUUUUCCUUUUCACUUUUGUAGAGAAUCCACUUUCAGUUUUUCCCUGGCAGUGCUGGGUUCUCAACAAGAAGAUUGUAUAUAUUCCUUGUAGUUUUGUUUGCUCGGAUUUGCAUUAAAGGGUUUUUUUUCUUUACAGUUUUUUCUAUUGUUCAUCAUCUUUUCUCCCUAUAAGUUCUGUUUGUUGCUUCUUGGAUUUUGUUUAUUUCUUGUUUCCCCACGUGUUUUGAAACUAGGGAAUUGGCAGUUGAGUAAUCCACAAGAGUUGUAUUGGGCUGCUGAGCAAUGA